UCUUUUUUCUUACAAUAUUUGUUUUGUGCGAUUUGAUGGAGAGGGUCAUAGUCUCAAGCGAGAACAUCAAGCCCGAUUCACCGACGCCCUCACACCUCAAAACUCACAAGCUGUCUUUGCUCGACCAGAUCAUGACACCAAUUCUUCUCCACGUUGUCCUCUACUUUCCUCCUCCAUCUCGUACGGACAAUCACAAUCCUCAGCCUGAUCUUGACUUGUUCAUUUCUGAAACUACUCACCAGCUCAAAAAGUCCCUUUCAUUAAUCCUUACCCGAUUCUACCCUUUCGCCGGAAGAGUCAACGCCGACGACAACGGCCACUCCAUUGACUGCAGCGACCAGGGAGUUGACUUCACUGUCGCCAAAUUCCCCUCUGACAAUCUCUCCGAUCUCCUCGAAAAUCCGGCAAUCAAUGAGAUUCUGCCACGUCACCUCGUACCAGGCGCGGAAUCCAUCUGGCAAGAAAUGGAUCCGGAGUCCAGGCUCCUGAUGAUCCAAGUCAACUAUUUUAAGUGCCGUAGUAUUGCCAUCGGAGUUGUUUUCUGGCACAAGGUCGCCGACGCUACCACCAUUACGAAUUUCUUGUUUUCUUGGGCACGUGCCAAUCACGUGGGAUCCAAACAAGAUGGACGAGGAAUCUGCCCUAAUUACAUUUCCCAAUCUCUUUUCCCACACAGACCCGAAUUGGUUCAGAAACCCUUUUCCCCGUCGGGCAUUCUGCUGACCCCCAAAUGGUCAUUAAAACGCUACGUGUUCCAUUCCGACACAGUCAUUUCAGCUCUUCAGGCAAAGUUUUCCGGCAGCACUAAAGUCGAGGUUGUCUCGGCAUUUCUCUGGAAGUGCUUCAUGUCUGCAUCUCUCCAAAAUGGCAAAUCGCAUUCCUUCCUGAUCAACGCAGUGGAUCUGAGAAGGAGAGCCCGGCCGCCAUUCCCGUCAGAUUGCUUCGGAAAUUUCGUCUGUCUGUCGCCGGCGGUCAGCGAGAACAAAGAAGACGAUGACGAUGAUGUCGGCGCUGACCUGAUUAGGAAAUUGAGGGAUGCAAUAAGGAAGAUCGACGAUAAUUACGUCAGCAGCCUGCAAGGCGAUGGCGGGCUUCGAAGUUACGGGGAAAAGUUUUCCUUAAUGUACAGUGAAAUUCCUGAGGGUUCCGACCACCUGUGGAUCUCCAGCCUGUGCAAUUUUGGGGCUUACGGCGUUGAUUUUGGAUGGGGGAGUCCGGUCUGGAUCACACCGUGUUGUGAUACAAGCGGGGGUUUGGAGUCGUUAAGGUACGAGAAUACAAUCUGGUUAAUGGACACGAGAAUCGGGGAUGGAAUCGAAGCGUGGGUCACGCUCAAGGAGGACUAUAUGCCGGCGUUUGACCGCGCCAUGGACGAGCUCCGGGACCUCGUUGCUGCUGCAUCCAACAGCAACACGAUUCACUAAACAUGGUUUCCUGGGAUUAUACAUGUAAUACUCAAUUUUCUAUCAAAUUUAUUCAUAUUUUUCUUUCUAGCAUGUCUGUUAAAUAAUUAAUUUUCGAAA